AUGAAGCUUCUGUUGCUGCUGCUUGCCUUCUGCUGCAUUUCUUUAUCAAGGUGUGAAGAAAAGUACGUACCUUAUGAUUACUCGGCGACGAUAGACUGUCAAGGGAACCCUAAUAAGCCACAGUACAAUGGAGGGAUCAUCGUGAACCCUGACCUACAAAAUGGUUCACAGGGAUGGUCACAAAUGGGAAACGCCAAAGUCGAUUUCACAGAAAUGGGAGGCAAUAAGUUUGUUAUUGCACGAGGGAGGAAUCAAUCAAAUGAUAGCGUCUCACAAAAAGUUUAUUUGGAGAAGGGACUUCUCUACACUUUCUCUGCUUGGUUACAGGUAAGCCAGGGGAACUCUCCUGUGAAAGCCGUUUUCAAGAAGAGUGGUGAAAAUAAGCUUGCCGGUUCAGUUAUUGCUGAAUCCAAAUGCUGGUCCAUGCUCAAAGGUGGUUUGACUGUUGAUGAAUCUGGUCCUGCUGAUCUCUACUUUGAGAGCGAGGACACAACCGCUGAGAUUUGGGUGGACAGCGUCUCGUUGCAACCAUUCACACAAGAAGAGUGGAACUCUCACCAGGAGCAGAUCAUUAACAUGACGAGGAAAGGAGCCGUGAGGAUCAGAGCCGUAAACAGCGCCGGUGGGCCAGUACCAAACGCAACCAUCUCCAUCGUACAGAACAGACUCGGGUUCCCAUUCGGGUGCGCGGUAGAAAGUAACAUACUUGGGAACCAAGCAUACCAAGACUGGUUCAAUAAGAGAUUCACCGUGACCGCUUUCGGGAACGAGAUGAAAUGGUACAGCACGGAAGUUGUAAGAGGCAAAGAGGAUUACUCGACCGCAGACGCGAUGGUAAAAUUAUUCAAGCAACAUGGGAUAGCUAUUCGUGGCCACAAUAUUAUAUGGGACAACCCUAUUUAUCAACCUAGUUGGGUGAAGACUUUGAACGGACCCGAUCUCUACAACGCCGUGAAGAGAAGAGUUUACUCGGUGGUCACUAGGUACAAAGGCCAGCUUGAUGGUUGGGACGUUGUGAAUGAGAAUCUCCAUUUCUCAUUCCUUGAGGACAAGCUUGGUCCUAAAGCCUCUUACAACGUCUUUGCGCAGGCGCAUGCCCUUGAUCCUAGGACUACAAUGUUUAUGAAUGAAUACAAUACGUUAGAGCAACCGGGGGACUCAGCUUCUACUCCAGCAAGGUAUCUGCAGAAGCUUAGAGAGCUUAAAUCUAUUCAUGUUGCCGGAAACAUUCCUUUAGGGAUCGGUCUUCAGUCUCAUUUCAGUACUCCUAACAUUCCGUAUAUGAGAUCAGCUCUUGACAUUUUUGCUGCGACUGGUUUGCCUAUUUGGCUCACUGAGGUUGACGUCUCAGCUCCUCCAAAUGUUCAGGCCAGUUAUUUCGAGCAAGUCUUAAGGGAAGGCCACGCACAUCCUCAAGUGAAAGGAAUGGUGACAUGGUCAGGUUAUAAUCCAAAAGGUUGCUACCGAAUGUGUCUCACUGAUGGCAACUUCAGGAACCUACCCACCGGAGACGUUGUGGACAAACUUCUGCGAGAGUGGGGAGGGCUUCGUGGGCAAACCACAGGUUUAACUGAUGCUGAUGGAUUCUUUGAAGCUUCCCUCUUCCAUGGUGACUAUAAUCUCGAUAUUUCUAACCCUCUCACCAAUUCCACAGCUUCUUACAGCUUUAAUUUCACUUCUGGUUACUCCAACCCAUCUCCUUUAAUUGUCCUUCGUGUUUGA